AUGCUCUCCUUUUUUUAUUAUUUACUGCAGGCCCGCGGGCCAAAGGAAAGCAAAGGAAAAGGUCUGAAGAUGCCUGCUGAAGAGUUGCACUGCAGUGAAGAGACGCGCAAACGCCCACGGGACCCACCGUUUGUUGUGGAUUAUCGUCCCUACACAGCGCGUCAAUUGGCACAUGCACUACAGAAAAGAACAACAGCGCAGAAGGAGCACUGGGACGUCUACUACCGCCACAAUACAGUGAACGGGUACCGCGAUCGCCAUUACAUCAUAAGUGAAUUUCACGAGCUUCGCGAAACGCUUGAGCGACUCAAAGAAGAGUCCUCGCUUACAGCAACAGAUAUUAUUUGGAUGGAGGUUGGAUGUGGCGUGGGCAAUGCUAUCCUUCCGAUUCUUGAGGAAUACGGCGAGGUUAAUGGAUGGCGUCUUGUUGGGUUUGAUAUCUCUUUUGUGGCCAUUGCGUUGCUGCAAGAGAAGCGACAUUCUCUACCCGAGAAUUGCCAAGAAAAACUCUCUUUUUGUGUUUUGGAUCCAGUUGAGGAGGACAUUUCUGUUGCAGGGUCAACUUCUGCAAGCCCUCUUGCUAUUGCUGAGAGCUCAGUUAAUUUUGUUUCGAUGAUCUUUGUUUUAUGCUCUAUCCCGGUGGAGAAACACUUGGUUGUGCUGCGACGUGUGGCAUUUUGUAUGGCCGAAGGGGGUACCAUUUUUUUUCGUGACUACUGCGUCAAUGAUCACGCGGAGAAACGGUUCGGUACCCAUCGCCGGGUGGAAGAGAAUACCUUUACUCGCAGCAAUGGAACCUUGAGCCACUUCUUUUCACUUGCGGAAGUGCGACAGUUAUUUAAGGACUCUGGAUUUGAGGAGGUGGAACUACUGGUGGUCGAGAGAGAGAUGGUAAACAGGAAAAAAGGAACAAGCAUGCAUCGAAAAUUCCUUCAGGGCCGCUUUCGCAAGACGGGGGGUGCAAAAACAACAAAGAUCACCAAGCUUGAUAAGGAAUUUCUUGCCCAUACUCGAGUAAAAGAAUGUGUUUAA